AAAAUUAUAAUUUAUGCGAAGGAUAGGAUUGAAUCUAUAUCUAUAUCUUCUUAAUGAGCGCAAUGCCCAUUUAGAUUUUUACCCAAUGCUUACCCAUGUUUUACCCAAUUCGUUGCGUAAUUUACUACUGUUUGUACGACCCGGUUCCAGAUAGUUACCCGAUGAAUGUCCGCACACUACCCGCUUUGUACAACCCAUUAAUCUCACAGCUGUCCAAAUAUAUUUACAUAUCUUUGCUUUCCAAGUUUUCAUGUUUACAGCUCAAAUCAGGGAGCCAAACAUGGAAAUACAGAUAAAGAAUGUCUCGAUUCUGGUAUGCUUUAUGAUUCCCUCUACAAUCGUUUUGAAUCACCUUCCCACUAGACUCAAGUGUUACGAUUUUUGAUCUCACGGCCUCUUUUAUGGAUUCCAGACUCAACAUAUCCGAUAACAAGGAGAAUGAUACCGGUCGUAAAAGGAACAGAGAGAAUGCAUUGGAUGGCUCCUUCUCCGGCGUCCGAAAUUAUGCAGGCGGAAGGUCUUGCCACUGUCGAAGGGUCUCUUUAAAAUAGCGGAGGAUCCAGUCGGUCUCCUUUGUCUACUGUUGAUCAGAAUUCACCCCUUGCCUUUGUUAUGGGAACCACAACCAAAGGUUGCAACGUAACUCCGCUGUCUACUUGGCACUUUAAUGGGAAUCAUGGUCAUGAUUUCAACUCACAGAUAACAAGCACAGGUAAAGAUGUAUGAUUGUCAUUAGUAGGUAUAUGAAGUUUUAUGCAAUUCUAUACAAUGCAUUUUAAAAUUGAUCUAAUUUUUUGCUGUGAAAUGCGCAUUUGUACGACCAACUGUAUCAUGAUUCGUACCAGGUUUUGACCGUACCCCUAUUAGUAGCAUUGGUCCAAACAAUGCUCCUGGCCAUGUGUUGGAGACACAAGAAAGAGGCUUUGUCUCUAAGACGACUAUGACAAUUAUAUCUCCUCUGGAGAGCAGCCUAUAUGAUAACCCUCAAUGCUGGCAAUUAGUGGUGGACCUUUCUUCGCUUGAUGUAUACUUAAUAAUAUGAAAGUCACAAUGUACUUCCUGGGAGAGAUUUCGGGGAUUUCAGACAAAAACAGGGAUCCCAAUGUUCGUCUUUCUCGACCCCUGGAUAAUUGUAGCAGAGUUGGCACGCCUUUGUUUAGUCACAGCUUACAAGGUUUUGUGGGUUUUUCAUUGGUUGUGUUUCGAAGGUUUUUUUAGUUCUGUUAGGUGGGGUUUCUCUCGAGAAUUUGCAAAUGGAGCUCUUUCUGCUGAGGCAAGGUUGGCCAAGGUUAAGGUGGAUGCCGAUUUUAUUGCUCCGUGCGAUACUUCGAUCCUUUAUCCCACCGACGGAGGUAAUAUGCACUGCUUUACAGUUGUAACACAAUGUGCAGUGCUAGAUGUACUUGGACCACCAUACAAUGAUGCCGAAGGGAGACACUGUGCCUACUAUAUAGAGCACCCACUUGACCAUAUUUCAGAUUACAGAGCUCAGCGGCAUCAGACAAUAUAUAAACACCAGACAACAUAAACAUACAACUUCCUUCAUGUACUUCCAGGGACAUUGAACGUGAGGUAGCAUCAGAGCAAAUUGUUUGUCAAUUGACAACACGCCCUGCACCAAGUUUCGUAUUGAUGAGGUGGAGCUCCCAGCUAGCAAAUUUCAGAUUCAUGCAUGCAAAUUUCACAUCAGAUGAUUACGGAGUGAAGUUACACUUACAAAUAUCGCUGUUAUGUUUACCUUUUUGGUCGUCGGAAUCUUAUCGUGGUAUAUUCAAUUCGGGCCCUGGAAUCAAUUCGUUUCGCUUUACUUGGCUCCCUGAUGUGUUUGUUUUGUGGCAUAUUCUAAUUUUGUAGCGGGAUUUUUCCGAAAAGUUAAUUUGACGGUCGAGAAUUGUGGGAAAAUAGAUAUUUAUUUUUCGACUUAGAAUUAUUUCAACCGAUGCAAACCAGCCAAAAAACGCCGUGUGUUAAAUACGCAAAAGACAGACAGCUGGACAACGGGGGAUAGAUAAUUAGAUAUAGAGGAAUUUACUGGGCUUUAGGAAGACUCUUUUUUUUUUUUGGACAAGAAUGGGCUUCAGGAACCCAAUACUGUAAUGGGUUGGCCAUAUUAAAUUAAAUUGUAUAAAAAGUCCUGAAUGCCCAGUUCAGGAGGUCGGUAGAGACGUAGAGUCAACAAUACCGCUCCGUCAGAUUUCUUCUCUUUUUCUCAUCUUAAAGCAUCUUGAACGGCGUGGUCUAUAA